CAGUCGCUCAGUCGUAUUCAUAGUGAAACAUCAGCAUGGCGAGCGAGGAAAGUACACAGAGUUUUGUACACUUAAAAAGAACAACAUUAUUAUGCAUGACAGUUUUGAGGAUUUUAUUUAUUGCAUUUAUCCAUGUGGCACAAUCAAACAAAGAAGCCUUCAUCCAGUCAGAUACCAUUCUAGAGGUACUACAUUUUGGAGAAGGAGGCCUCUUACAGACAGAAGCUGAUAUUGAUCUUAGCUCAUAUCAUCAAAAAAGUGGCUCCUCACAGCGAGGGAACAGUAGGCCCAUACGCUUUGAGCCACCAAUGCUGGACUUCCAUGAGCAGCCAGUUGGGAUGCCAAAAAUUGAAAAAGUUUUCUUACACAAUCCUAGUUCAGAGGAAAUUAGUUUAAUAUCUAUAUCAGCUACAACGGCACAUUUUCAUGCAUCCUUUUUUCAGAAUAGGAUAAUUCCCCCGGGGGGCAACACUUCCUUUGACGUGGUGUUCCUUGCACGUGUAGUGGGGAAUGUAGAAAACACUUUUAUUAAUACAUCUCAUCAUGGAAUGUUUACAUACCAGGUGUUUGGUGUGGGUAUACCUAACCCCUACAGACUUCGGCCCUUUAUAGGGGCCCGGGUGCCUGUGAACAGCAGCUUCUCGCCGCUUAUAAAUAUCCACAACCCACACAGCGAACCGCUGCAGGUUGUGGAAAUGUACUCUAGCGGGGGGGACCUGCAUCUAGAGCUGCCCACAGGCCAGCAGGGUGGCACCAAAAAAUUAUGGGAGAUCCCCCCAUUCGAGACAAAGGGGGUGAUGAGGGCCAGCUUCUCUUCGCGAGAUGCAGACAACCACACAGCUUUCAUCAGGAUCAAAACCAACACCUCCAGUGACGAUGAGUUCUUCAUCCUCCCUGUAGAGGUAGAGGUCACCUCAGCACCUGGUAUAUACUCCUCAACAGAGAUGCUGGACUUUGGUACUCUUCGAUCUCAAGAUCGACCAAAACAGUUGAAUUUACAUCUUCUAAAUUCUGGAACAAAAGAUGUAACAAUUACAAGUGUACGGCCAACACCAUCCAAUGAGGCAGUCGCGGUGGAGUUUAAACAGAUCACUCUUAAGGCAGGAGAAAGUCGAUACACCAAAGUCGCAACUAUCAGUUUCGAUGCAUCUAAAGCACGGCGGCCGUUUCAGUUUACCGGCACAAUAACAGUCAAGGCGAGAGAGAAGGGCUAUUCAAAACUUGAAAUCCCAUACCAGGCUGAAGUUCUAGAGGGGUAUUUGGGCUUCGAUCACACAGCCACCCUGUUUCACAUCCGAGACAGUCCCGUAGACCCGGUGGACAGGCCCAUCUACCUCACCAACACAUUUAGCUUCGCCAUCCGCAUCCACAACGUGUCUCUGCCCGAGGAGGCCAAGACCAUGUUCAAUGUGCACAACUUCAGCUCCCCGGUCCUGGUGCCCCCCCAGCAGUCCCGCUACAUCUUCAGCCUCCUCUUCCGGCCGGUCCGGUCCUCUGUCCACAUCGAUGGCAACAUCCUCCUCAUCACCAAUGCCUCUAAGUUCCAUCUGCCGGUACGCGCCUACACAGGAUUCCUGGAGCCACUAGUGCUGCCCCCUAGCCUUAAGGAGCACGCGCUGGACUUUGGAGUCUUCAGCGCCGCAGACACAGGCAGUUUGGUGUUAGUAGUCAUCAACAGCAACCCCAUAGAGCUGGAGGUAAAGUCGUGGCUGGUGACGGGGCAAAGCAUGUCUAUGGAGCUGCUGCUGACCGCGAGGGGCAACAGGAGCGUAGCGCUGAGUCGCCUCCCUGAGCUACACAACACCUCAGCAACACACCACAGAGCAGUUAUACUGGCCUCUGGCUACUAUGCAGCUUUCCGAGUCACAUUGGUGGCCAAGGCCCUGGAGGGAGUAUAUGACGGAGCAGUUCAUAUUACCACAGACUAUGAGAUAUUAACCAUUCCAGUUAAAGCACUCAUAGCAGUGGGGACUCUCACCAGUUCACCAAAACACAUCAUUUUACCGCCCUCUUUUCCGGGUAAAGUGGUUCACCAUGGCUUCAGCAUCUUCAGCUCCUUCUCUCAGCGGGUCCGGCUCCAGCAGCCGGUGCACUCGCUUGGUGAGGACAGCCGCUUCUAUGCCAAACGCCUGCGCAGCAACAAGGACGAACUGGAGCCCAAGCGCAAGUCCAAGGUAGCAAAUAUUUAUUUUGAUGCUAGUUUGCAGUGUGGUGGCCACUGUUACGUGGGAGUGCCAUUUAUACUCAAAUCGGAGACCAGACCUCAUGGUUUAGCUAUGCAGGAAGACAUUUGGGACGCGGAUGUCGAUUUGCACCAAAAACUCCUUAAAAGGUGGAGCGAGUUGAAAGAACAAUCAGGGCUUGAGGUGGAAGCCAUCUUUGAGGUGAACACAGACCUCCAGAAGAAUGUUCAGACCAAAGUCACUGCCCAGCUCACCUGGCCCACGCUAGUCAACGCCUCCCAGCACAUCUACUUUCCCCUGACCAACACCAACAGUUCAUCUGAAGAGGAGGUGGUGUUGGAGAACCCAGCCGACGUGCCUGUCUACGUACAGGUGAUGCCCCUGGCCCUGUAUCCCAGCUCCACUGCGUUCACUGGGAAACUAGUUGACCGGCUUUCACUGGGGAACUUCUCCAAUAACAUCAACCCAAACACACUGGAAUUCCAGGUCCAUAGAAAUGCCUCCUCAGUGACAAAGGCUGGGACGGGCUUUCUGGAAGGUUCUACACGACCCUUCCUCUACAACCUCCUGUUGAUGCCUGGAGAAACCAAGUCCUUGACAGUGAAGUUCACCCCCUCCAGAAACCACAGCGUCUCCUCACUACUGGUUGUCAGGAACAACCUGACAGUGGUGGACGUGAUCAUGGUUCACGGGCAGGGCACCAGCGAGAGCCUUAAGCUGGGAGGAAAGGCUCCAGGACCCAGCAGCUCGCUCAGGUUCAAGAUGACUGAGGCACUGCUCAAAGACUGUGAAAUCAAAGCCAGGGAGCCUAACUUCACGCUGCGCCGGACGUUCCGUCUGGAGAACUUGGGCCAGCUACCGCUCCACAUCCGCUCACUGUCCAUCAGCGGCCAGGCCUGCGAGGGCUACGGCUUCAAAAUCCUCAACUGCCAGGAGUUUGUCCUCAAGCCAAACUCCUCCAAAGACCUCAUCAUAAUGUUUACACCGGACUUCACGUCAUCACGGGUGACCCGGGAGCUGAAGCUCGUGUCGGCGGGGGGGUCGGAGUUCAUCUUCGUUCUGAACGCCACGCUGCCUUACCACAUGCUGGCCGUGUGCACGGACGUGCUCCCCCGGCCCAACUGGGAGCUGGAGCUCUACAUCAUCGUCUCCCUCAUGAUGAGCUUCAUGUUCCUGGUAGUCAUUGGCACAGCCUACCUGGAGGCCCAAGGAAUAUGGGAGCCGUUCAAGAGGCGUCUGUGUGUGGAGUCAGGCUCUUCCAUGGAUCCAGGAAGGCCAUUCGAUCUCAGGGAUAUUGUGCGAAUCGACGCAAACUUGAAUGAUUACAGCGAUGUGAACCAGAACUCGACCAGAGGGAUGUACGGGUCCGGAGUAGGAGGGGGUCGGGCCGGAGGCCGGCCACAGGCCAACGGACGGGCCUCGGCUGAGCCCAGCGAGGCUCGGUUCCGUCAGGGCUCAAAUAAUCGCCCAACAGCUAUGCAAUCUUCCUCCUCGUCCUCCUCCUCUGCUAAGGAGAGCCAGCUGGCCAACCGUAAGGCACGCAGCUCCAAUAAGCAGGGGCAGCAGCAGCCUCCAGCACCCAGUCUGGUGGAGGAGCCAAACACAGCCGCACCAGGCCCCAGGGGGCUCUCCUCAGCUGACCAGGACUACGACCGGCUCCUGGUGGCCAUGGAGGGAGACUUGGACCGGCCCGAGUCUCCCUCCGCCGAGCAAAGCUCACACCAGGCCUCACAAAACAAAGUUUUGGAAACUAAAGGGAAAGUACGAAGCAAAACAAAAGCUCAGAAGAGGAGAGAAGAGAAGGAGCGCAAAGCAAAGGGAAAGGCUCCCGGAGAGGACCUGAAAGAGGCCCUAGCGGACAACGACGACAGCUCCUCAACCACCACAGAAACCUCAAACCCUGACGUGGAGGCCAAUAUCAAAGAGGAACCAGUUAAAAAGAAAGGCCGAACAACAGUCAACCAGGACAAAGACAAAGAAGAAGCGCCUCCCUCACCCCCCAAGCCCAAAAACAAAAAACAACCAACAAUUAAGAAGGAACCUCAACCUGAUAAAUCUAGCUCUCUGGAGCUCCCCUAUGUCACACCUCUGGAAAAUAAGCAACGUAAGACCUUCACCCCCAAAGCUCUGAUGCAGUCAGCCCUCAGCGUCAUUCCCAAACCAAGACCCCUUCAGAAACACAGAUUGGCCAGCGGAAGGACGGAAGAUAGCCGCCCGUCUCCCCUCAACAGGUUCUUCUCCAACGGCUCCCUGCAGGAGCUGGGCCACAGCAGUGGCUCAGAGGGGGAAAAAGAGUCCCCCCCUCCUGAAUGGGACCUUCCCGUUCACAGAACCAUAAACCAAGCAGACAGCCUCCAGCAGAUCUCCCUCCAGACCAUGAACGCAGACUCCUUCCUGAAGAGCUCCAUCUCCAGAACCUGCUCCCCUCCGCCCACCUCACCCUACCUGCUCCCCCGUGGUUCAUCCUACAGCAGCAUGCUCAACACCAACAGCAAUGCAAGUUUGAAGGCGCCAGGCAACAAGCUGUCCAUGUCCACCUCCCAGCCAGGGAAGAACGGCAACCCAACCUUUGCUGCUGUGGCUGCAGGUUAUGACAAAAGCCCAGGUGGCAGUGGAGGAGGAAGGCUUGAUGGCUUGGGAAAAGUUACUCUACCUCACUUCCCCUCAGUGGAGAGCAACAGCUCAGAAAGCUCUGGAUUAUGGAGUCCGGUUGACAGCAUCAGUAGCCCAGGGUUUAAUGCGACCAACUCCUUCUCAGCAUUCGGACCAAACAACCCUUUGUCUGCAGUGUUCAAAGGUAUAGCCUUACCAAAGAGCUCUGAGCCCCAGCAGAGCUGGCCCGACUACACCCCGGGGCCCUCCUCCAUCUGGGACAAUGAUCCAGUGAGCCCCUGGCCCUCCUCCACCACCACCGGCGCCCCUGCUGCACCCACUACAUCCAUCCUGGAGCACUCCCGCAACCCCUGGGCCACCACCGCCCCCUUCAGCAGCUCCAUCUGGUCCACCAGCGGUGACCCCGCCCUGCACUCCUUCGCCACGCCGACCUCCUCCGCCCUCACCAACCUGGUCAGCCACUCUGUGCCCCCUGCGCCCGUCGUGCCGGCCAACCCUAUCGCCCGCCCUUACAACCCCUGGAGCAUGUGGCCACCCUCACUGAGCCGAUGGAACUCCGACCUCUGGCCGAGCAACCCGGACAACAGCAACGGCAACUGACACCCCGGCAACAGCCAUGUUUUGGACACGCUCGCUACGGAAAACGACAGAGAAAGAGAUACACGCCAUGUUUCUGGAUUUUUGUUUCACGAUCAUGAUCUUGUUUUAAAAUACUUUACAGAGGAUGAAAAGAAAUUGUUUUUCCAUAAAACAUGAGAGGUUUAGGGCAAAAGGGGGUUGUCUUAAACAACAGUUUCAAAACAUUUUUUAAUUGGAUAUUUUUUUAUCAUUCAAGAAUUAUAUGCUACCACUGUUCAGUUUUAUUUUACCGCAUUGAGGUUAAACUACAGAUAAUUUAAAAACAGCGUAAUCUGAGAAUUUUAUUUUGCCCAAGUAGGGAUGGCUUUCUCUUUUUCAUGACAGUAUUGCUGUUGGAGACAGUAUUACUGAUUUAAACAACCCAUUUUGGGACACCCCCAUGCUUUCUCAGACACAAUUCUGGUUCCAUUCAUUUUAAAAGUUUGUUUUGACCAUCAAGUUGAAUUCUUACAUAAUGACCGAGAAGGGAGAGGGUUAUAAUCCAGUUUGUUUCAGCCAGGUCUCAUAAACUGUUAUCCCAGUUUCUCAAGGCCAAAUCAUUCAUUGCAUUCAUUGAGAUUUUAAUUGGCUUCUUCUUAAAAUAAAGUGUUUUUUAUUGGCUUUUAUUUUUGUGAAGGAAAAGGGAGGGAUGUAAGACUUGAAUUAUGUUUGAAAAUUGUGUACUGUACGGUGCUAACAGUUGUCAUCUGGAGUGGAAGUAGAAGCAAUCAGUGUCUGGAAUAAAAUCAUAUCAGACUGAA